AUGGUGGCUACCAUCAUCAUCGUGCUAUACGAAUUCGGUACUGCCGUAACUGCAGACAUCACACCAUUUUUUCGACCGGAUAUCGUAUUUGUGCCCUUGGAGGUGCCUGACCAACGUCCGCUGAAGCUCGCUGCUCCUCGCAUAACUCUACCCCCACCGCCUCCACCCCCGCCCCCCACACCUCCUCCACCACGUCUAACUUUACCUCCAGUUCCUCCAUCAUCUCAACUUCUAAGGCUUCGUCCCUCUCAAAUUUCGCCUCCAUCUCAAUCCAACCUGCACAUUCAGCCAGUUUUUGCUGCUCCUGCCAUUCAACCUGUAAUCCUGCGUCCACAACUGUCUCUACCUAUCCCUCAACACCUGCCUCCACCGCCACCGCCACCGCCACCACCACCACCACCGCCACCGCCACCUCCACCUCCUCCUCCUCCACCACCACCACCACCACGUCUACCAUCUAUGCAUCGCUCUCUACAUUUGCCAAUCAUUUGCUUCCAACUAACACCACUGGUGCACAGUUAUGAAGAGUGUCUCCUUAAUCUGCAACCGAAGCUAAUACGUCUCUUCGUUGAUGCUGAUGCUAUCAACUGCGUUGUGCAAUAG